UCGUGUCAUUGUCACUAGUGUCUAGUGUCAAAGAUUUCAUAGGAGUAGGAUAAUAUGAAACUCAAUAAAUAAACAAAACAGAUUUAAUUAAAGUUUUCAUAAUGGUUUACAUACAUUUUCCAGCAAAUUUUACGGAAGAGGAAUUAAUGCUACAGACAAAGUACCAAAAAUUAAAGAAAAAGAAAAAGGCACUUCAAGCUCUAAAAGCACCCAAACCAGAACCUGAGAAGCCCAUAAUACCGAAAAGACCUGCCGAAGCAAGGGAUGCUAGAGAAGUAGCCAAGAAACUCAUAAAAUCCGGGGUAAUACAAGCAAUAUCGAAACAACAAAAACAGCCAGAACAAGGUUUCAAACGGCCGAGGGGUCUAGAAAGAAAACUCAUUUCAGAUAAGACUGUAAGUGGUUAUCAACCAUUCUCGGCUAUUCAAAUGGAAGAAGGUCCAGAUAAUCCUGAAAAUAAGCCACCCAGAAUCAAAAAUCUCUAUGACACAUUUGCAAAUGCAAGGGAUAGAGAAGAAAGGGGCCUUACUGAGAAGCAACAGGUGAAACCUGACAAACCCAGACAGGGUAAUACUAUAUAUGUUUCUGGAUAUAAGAUUAAUGAAGAAUUUUUAAAGAAACAUUUUUCCACAAUGGGUAAUAUCAUAAAUAUUUCAAUGGAGAUUGAAAAAAAUCGUGGAUUUAUUACUUUUGAUAAAACAGAUGCUGCAGAUAGAGCUAUUUCUGAGAUGGAUGGUAGUAUGGUCUCUGGAAUACCUUUAAAGGUUUCUUUGGCUAGGAGGCAACCUCAAAUUGAACCAAUUAAUGAUGCUACUUCUUCAGCAGCAUGGGCAACUCUUGCUUCUAGUCAUUCACAAAAAGGCAACCAUAGAGACAAAAGAGCUUUAGUAACAUAUGAUGAUAUAUUUGAUUAGGUAUAUUAAAAUAUAUAUAAAAAUUUUAUUGUAGAAAAUGAAGACUGUUUAAAAAUAAUUUUAGUUAAAAAAAAGAUAACCAAUAUCUUGAUAUGAAGUUAUACCCUAAAUUUUAUUAUCUUAUAUAUCAUUGUUUACAAUAAACACCAAAAUUAUUGAAUGGAUUUACAAAAUAUUAAAAAAAAUGGCUUUAAUUUUUUUAUCCAAAUCCUGAAAUCAGUGUAAGAGUGUAGCAUACUUUGCCAAAAGUGUAAAAAUAUGAA